AAUACAGUAAUUUUCGUGUAUUACAAUAAAAGAAAAUAUAAUUCUUCAAAACUAUGCAUAUAUUUAAUGUCUGUAAUCGUUGCAACGAAUUUUAUUAUUAAUUACAUCAACAUAGAAAGUUGUCCAGCAUUUAUAAGUAAAUGAUGAAUAAUGGAAGAAUUAAGAGGUUAGAUUGAAAUGUCGUGAUUAUCACACUACUACAAUAAUAUUUGUGACACAAUGAAAAACGAGUAAAAUUUUAACAAACAUAUUUUAUUAGUUUUUGAUACUUCUUUCACCAUUGAUUGUGGUGAAUUUCAUGUGUAUCUAAUCAUCACAUUUAAUCAUUUUCUCGAUAAACGUAACAAUUAUAUAGAUAUAAAUAUUCUUUGAUAAAAAUUUAAUCUACACAUAAAAUAACCUUGGUAACCUAAAAUGGAAAAUAUUAUACUAAUAAGCUGGCUAAACAAGAUACUACUGUUAUUCUGCAUAGCAAGCAUAUUCUUGUGUUUAAUUAUUCAACAAUGGGUUGGAGUUACAUCUGUACCUAUAUAUAUUUCACUUUCAUGGAUUGCAUUUGUCAUGAUUGUGUCGAUGUGGCUUAGCUGUGUUUUACUUAGAUUUACAUUAAAGAGAACUGUGCCAAUUAAUAUAGAAUUUAUAAAAAAAUGGAUUUAUAAAAGAUUACCAAAAUGUUUAGAGUUAGAGUCUUUAAGUACAACAGAAAAACAUAACAUUUCAAAAUUAGAAAAUAAAUGUAAUAACAAAGUACAUAUAAAAGCUAUCAAUCUAGAAAAUAUGAAUAGCUUAUCUAGUGGAGGAGAUUCCUUAUUCAAAAAAAGAAUUAUAUAUGUAGAUGAUAUAAUAAGAAAAAUCAAUCUUGACUGUAUAGAUGUUUGGUACAAAAAUAUAAGUACUGAUAAAGCAUUUCCUAAUGAAGCCCAAACAUUAUUGAAAAUGUUAUUAAUAAAAAUAUUACAAAAAGUUAAUUCAAUAGAUAAAUUAAAGCUUGCUAACAAAAUGGCUGAUGUAGUAUUAUUACAUUUGAAAGAAUAUCGUAGAGCAUUGCGUAGAGUUGAAAAGGGUACUUCUACAAAUCUAGAAGAAGCAUACAGAUGUUUACAUCCUGGUUCUCGGAGUGUAUUAACUUUGGAACAUAUAUUUCAUCGUCUAGUUACUGUUUUAGCUCAAGAAUUUUUACAGUGGGAACUAACUAGUUCGCUACCUUGUAAAUUAUUAGUAUCUAUUUUAGCCAGAAAACUGUUGACAAUGAUACAAACAAUAAGUUGUCCUAAUUGGAUGUUUGAAUGUUUAUUAAAGUUACUGCAGAGUAUACCAAAAGAAGCCAACGAACAGUGGACGAAAGAUGACGGCACUGUUUCUGUAGGAUUGAAUGAUGGUAUGACAUCUGCAAUGGCUACAGUAAUUCCACAUCCUCUAUUGCAACCUGUACUUUCUAAUAAGUCAAUGACAAGAUUUAUGCAAGCAAAUCAAAAUUUAUCUUUGCCUAUUGAUCUUGAAAAGCAAUCUUUAACUUUGGAAGAUUUAUCGGUACAGCAUAGAGGUCUUUGGGCAGAUAUAAAUAUAUCAGAGGUAGACUCAGAAAUUGAUAAUAACAGAAUAUCACCAAUAUAUGAAGAACCUACAGAUUUUGCAACAACUAUUGCAAGACUAAGAAAUUUAUUACAGCAAAAGUCUACUGCAACAACACCAUUACGUACAGAAGAAAAAUCCUAUGUAAUAUGCGAAGCUAAUCAAUUUAUAAAUUUAUGUAUACCGUGGACAGAAUUUCAUACAACAGUAGAUGGUUCACAGCAAUUAUUAUAUUGCAUUCAAUUUGAUGAUGUUGAACAACGUGGAGUAGAUUUAUUUGAAACUACAACUGCCACAGUUAAAAGACAACAUUCUGACUUUAUUCAAUUACAUACUUCUCUAGAAGAGAUACCAUCAAUAGCCAGUAUUAUGUCAGAAUUAGAAUUACCAGAAGGUGGGCGUGUUGAAAUGGAAACUUAUUUACGAAAUCUCUGUAUACGUUUAGCCAAUGAAUGUCCAACACAAUUAAGACAUUUUUUGCGACCAAGUAGUAAUGCAGGAAAAAAAGCAGAUAUAGUUGCACCACGGUUCGAUAGAUUUUUAGCUAAAACUGUCAGUGGAGUAUUUAAUACCUUAAAAACAGUUGUACCUGGAUUUGAAAUAGAUUCAGAGGAAGAAGUUAUGCCAUUACCAACAUUGAUACCCUUAUCUGAUAUACCAUGGAGAUUCGUAGAAGAUAUUAAAUCAAAAAAUUUAGCAUACGAAUUGCAGCAAUUGGUAGCUGAAAGAAUUGAUUAUUGUUCUGUAGAUACAGCAUACGAAGCAGUUGAUAGUAUAGAAAGCAGUGGAGAUUCUGAGUUAAUGGCACAUUGGUGGGACAUAGUUAACACUCCUUACGAUGAAGAAACGGAAGAAUUAGAUUCGAAAUUAUCUUUAACAUGCGUUGUUAUCGAUUUAAUUUGUGAAGUAUUGACUGGUAUCGGAAGUAAUCAUGUGUUACAACAAGAAGCUGUUGUUCGAUGGGCUAAAUUGUUAUUUGGAAAUGUCACUGAACCCCUUAUAGAGAAAAUUAUUUCGAGGUUAUCAGACAGUUUAAGCAAUAUAUCAUUCGCAUAUAACUCACAAAGUAAUGUCACAGCAGAAUCUGUUGUACUUGUAAAGGAUAAAAUAUUUGAAAUAUUGCAAAAAAAAAUUCCAAAUGAUAUGAAACUUAUUUUUGGAGAGGAAGAUACACAGAAAAUUCUAAAAUAUUUACUUACUUCAUAUGAAAUAAGAAAGAUUAAUCUGGAUUUAAAUAUGCAAAUUUUAGAUGUUUUGAUGUCACAGUUAUUAAUUUCCUGUAGAAUGAAUCAUGAUUUACAUUGAUUGCUAUAUUUUGUGUAACUUGAUAAAACAGAAAUUUAUAUAGUAGAAAAAAAAAGAAUCAAAUACUUCAACAAUGUAUUAGAAAGAUGCUGUGUUAAUUGCAUAGUUUAUUAAAAAAUGAGAAAUUGUGUACCUGAUCAUAUAUUUGCAAUAAGAAAUGCCAAGUAUUUAUUUAAUACUAUCUACUGCAGAAUAAUAGAUAAUAAGGAUUGUUUAUAAUUUGCAAAUCAGAAUGAUGUGUCUGUGUCAGUGUUUAACAAUAUAAGUAUUUAAUGAA